AGAGGACACGUGUAUGAUGUAGUGUGUAACUCAGUGGGGUUAACACUGGAAGUGUGCUGUUAACUGUGUUGCACUGACCCGGGCGUGGGGGCGGUCUGGUGACGUCACUGAGCGGGAGCCGGAAAAGGAAGAUUGUGCAAACACGUUGGUCUCAAGCUCUCAACAUGUCCACGCUUCAGUCGUUGAAAACGUUUAUCAACCAGCGGCUCGCAGUGGCUGCGGACGACAUAGUCGGUCUGCUGGAAACAACCAUAUCCAACUAUGAAAAAGAGAUAGACCGACAGCGCAGACUGCUGGAGGACGAGAGGGCUGAGUUCCUGAAGAGCAGAUCAGAUAUGCAACAAGCCAUGAGGUUUCGGGUUGUCAUUGAUCAUGAUAUCAAGAAGAUAACUUUCGAAAAUGGCGUCCCCUCAUCUGUGGAGGAAAUGAUCAAAGUUUUUAAACAGGCAUUUUCCAUCACCACAGACAUAGGCCUUCAGUACAAAGAUGCUGACUUUGACGACUUCUUCACACUAACGUCUACAAGUGACCUUAAAGAUAAAGACACUCUCAGAGUCUUGCAUGUGCCCCCAUGCAUAAUAAUGACAACAGUCCCUCUGGAGUCCCACUCUGACACCACUGACGCAUCUUCAGUGGAUGAUAUCCUCUCUACUGAUUCAAAGGACAAUCUGAUUCCCAGGCCCCCUGCCACUGAGAGGCACAACCUGUGGCCUGCUGUCUUUCCCAUUCCCACCUUCUCCUACAACACGGAAAUGGCUCUGAGGCAAGGUAAUGAGAGGUUUCUAAAAGAUGGAACCCCACUGACAACACCAAGUGUCAAAUCAGAUAUUCUGGAGCGACUAGCUGAGGCCAUGUUUUCCUACACCGCUUAUCCCAAUGAUCCACAGAGGGCUGCAGUUGCACAGGCCCUAAUAGAGAAGCACCCCUGCCUGAGGGAGCCUGGCUCUUUUAACGGAUUUUAUGGGUGGCAGCAAAGCCUCAAGUACAAAUGUGGAAACUACAGGAGCAAACUUAAAGCACAUGGAAACCCUGAACUAAUGAUAAAUACACUGAAACACAAGCAGGAUGGCGACAAAAAACCUGCCAAAAAUAUAAAAAAACCAAGAAAAUCUGAAGUAAACUACCUCCCCCCACAUCCAGCCGGUCAAACAGAUGACAGCCUGGAGAAUGUGAGACUUGCGCUAAUUGCAGCCAGCAUGACAGAAGACAAUCGACUGAGGAUCAAUGACAUGAUGUCUAGAACAUACAGCUGCAGAAGAAGGGAAGUGGUUGGCCAGUCCAUGAAUGUGGCAGAAUUCAAAGAGAGAUGGCCUGCCCUCUUUGAUCCAUUUCAGAUAAAUGAAGAGUUCCAAAGGUGCAACACUAUUCCCCUGGAGUCUACCUUUCUGUCCCAGCUGGACAAGUACACCCCAAAGUUCCUGGAACUAUUCAGGACAAAGGGAGGAGUUGUUGGACAGCGCCUCAAGAGUGUGUUGAUUGAACUGGUAAAGGAACCACAUGCCUCAGUGGUGAAGAAGAGGGACAUGACCCUGAGAUGCCUCGUCGAAUACCUAGGGGAGAGUGUGCAGGAGCUCAUCUCUGACUACUAUAGAACCGCAGAAGAGAAAGUACAUGAGGAACUUAAAACACAGGACAUGAGGAUCUACGCUUGUCAGCAGCCGGAUGCAGUGGGCAUCAUUAUUGAUGGAACUCCAGUGCUGACAGGACUGGAUAAUGUGUCCAGAGCCUGCUGCCUGCUCUUUGGCCUCACCUAUGCCCUAAAUCGGGAUUACCCCCCAAAACUUGCCAAAACAUUUGAAGUCUUUCAAAGACUGUUUGUAGGACUUGAUACACUACAGUCAAAACCAUCCUCCAAGUUCAUCAGCCUGAAAAACAAACUCCUCACUUAAGCAAUUGCUCUGAGCCACUGGUGUUACCCAUGUUUGGUUAGUGUGUUAUAAUUUGGAGCUGGAGAGGUUUCUGGUUAUUUGACAACUUUACUGAAUGUUAUUAACUGUCAGAAGGGCAGUGCUUUUGAUGAAUAAGGGUUAAAAACACUGUAGUUCACUUUGCUUCAGUUUUAGGAAACGUAUUACUGCUGUUACCAAGGACAACUUUGGAAAAUAUCCUCAGCAAUUCCAGUUGUGACUAUUUCUCUGGUCAGUUAAUGUGGGUUUUAUAUGUCCAAGAGAUUUCUGCUUCUUCCCCAGUCCAGUGGAGAUGAGCGCUGUUUAAUUUCAGGUUAUUGAUUCUGAAGAGAGAUGUUUGGUUCAGAAUGAUUGUUUAAAUGUCACCAACUAAAGGUACAUUCAUCUGAAAUGUCACCUUCAUAUCACAUUAAUGUGAGAUGGUUCCAAUUUACUGUUGGUUUGAAAUAUAUAUCACAUUGUUGAAUAUGUGAAGAAUUUGUGUUGAAUCCUAAACCUACAAUGGAAGUAAAAACACCUCUCAUGCUCUCAUCUUUCUAAAUUGCAGCAAUGAAGAAGCAUAUUUCCCUGUUUUUCACCAGGACCUUAAAGCUCUCUCUGCCAUAUGAGCUAUGAGUGUAUUCAAGUAAGCUGUACAUUUUUUUUUAUAUCUAAUUACAUGCUGUAACUGUUCUGAAAAAUAAUAUUGAAAUAGUUUUAGAGUGAC